AUGCAGAAGUACCUCAAGUUGACGAAUCAAUUAGUGAGCAAUUUUGAUCAUGUUGAGUUUGCUCAGAUCCCACGAGAUCAAAAUGCUGAAGCCGACGAAGUGGCCCGGAGCAUAUCAGCAGGUGAUCAGGAAAAGGUGGCCGGUUGGAAACUAGAAGAACAAAACUCCCCCAGUAUCGAAGAAUUCCAAACCUUCCCUGUGCAUACUCACUCUGGAUGGACAAGCCCCAUUCUAUCCUAUCUUAAAGAUGGACGAUUACCACCAAAUCUCGAGGAAGCCAAGAAAAUCCAGAAACAAGCAGCCUGGUUCACGGUGCUAAAUGACAAACUUUACAAUAGAGGCUUCUCCCAGCCUUACUUGAGGUGUAUUGAAGAGGAAGAAGCCAAGUAUGUCCUGGAAGUGGUGCAUGGGGGAGUUUGCAGCGAUCACUCUAAACCAAAGUCCCUCGUCGGAAAAAUUAUGAGGACAAGUUACUUCUAG